AUGGGUUCCAUAGUCGAGCAGAAAGUGGCGAUCGUCACCGGUUCAUCGAGUGGUAUCGGGCUUGACGUUGCCAGGCACCUCCAUGCCCGCGGUUACAAAGUCGUUCUUACAGCCCGCAGAGAUGAGCUGGGCCAAGCUGAAGCAUCGGCACUGGACUCUACAGGAGCCACGGCAAUCUUUGUGAAGUGCGACGUAUCUUCGUAUGCAUCCCAGAAGGAGCUCUUCCAGGCUACUUGGGACAAAUGGGGUCGUCUGGACGUGUUGGUGGCCAACGCUGGCUGUGUUGAUCGCGACUCGAAGCACAACUUGACGCGGAAAGAUGCCCCUAUCACCGAUUUGCCUGCUGAGCCCAACACCACUGCCACAGACAUCAACUACAAGGGUACCAUAUACGGCAUAACGCUUGCCACUCAUUUCAUGAGACACAACGCCACUCCGGGUGGGAAGAUCAUCAUUACGGGGAGCAUGAUUGGAGUGCACCCGUGCCCAACAUUCCCCGAGUAUUGCGGUUCCAAGGCUGCUGUCCAUCAGUACGCGAGAGCUGUUGCGCCAAUGCUGAUUCAGGAGAACGUGACGAUCAAUGUAGUCAUGCCUGGAGCCGUUGAUACCUCGGCUAUGCCUGAUUUUUCCACGGCUUUCCUUCCAGAGCACUUGACCAUCAAGUCAGUCCUCAUCUCAGCCUAUGACCUGUACCUGGAUAACGAAUCUUCUAAGCGGACUGGAGAACUAGUUGAAGUUGCGCACGACAAGCUCUUCUUCUACGAGGUGCCGGAGUACAAGGGUGGCGAUGUGUCGUACAGAAAUACUUUGGCGUACGAGCCUUGGUUUGCCUUCAUCCAUGGGCAAAAGAGCAAGUUGGGCAACGCACUUCAGGGGCCACCUGGACAGAUCUUGCCCGAACCAAUUCCAAAGAUGACUAAGAUCAUAGCCGUUACCGGUGCCACAGGCUCCCAGGGAGGUGGCGUUGUCAACAUUUUGAAGGUGACGCCUGGGUGGAGCGUUAGGGCAAUUACGAGGAACGCCGGAAGUGACGCAGCCAAGAAGCUGGCAGAGGAGGGUAUCGAGGUCGUACAGGCUAGUUUCGAGGAUGAAGAAUCGCUCGCCGCCGCAUUCAAGGACGUCCACGCCGUCUACGCCGUGACAAACUGGUGGGAGCACCUCUUCUCCGGCAAAUCCCAAGAGGAGUCUGGUGUCCUCGAGGAGGAGCAGGGCAUGACCAUUGCUCGUGCUGCCGCUCGCACACCUACCCUUGAGCACUACAUCUGGUCCACCACACCCAGCGCGAAGCGAGAUUUCAACGGAGAGCACUUGACGCCUCACAUGGACUACAAGGCCAACGUUGAUGCUCGCAUCAAGUCCGAGCUUCCCGAAUUGGCGGCCAAGACCACAUAUCUCUACUUCGGAUACUACCCGCAAAACAUGAUGUUUUUCCCUUUUAUUAAGCCGACUGAAUACGCAAGUCUCAUCCCAGAACAGCCUCCCAACUCUGGAACCUAUGUUCAGAUCAUGCCCAGCAGGCCAGAUGCCAAGGUCCUAAACUCGGGCGACAUGUCCGUCAACCCCGGAAUCUGGGUCCGACAAAUCCUCGCCAAGGGCGCCAGCACCUUUGGUAAAUACUCCAACGUGGCCUUGGAGAAACUCACAUUCCAGGAGAUGAUGGACAUCUGGAGCGAGGUGACGGGCAAGAAGGGCGUCUAUAUCAAUUGCACCAUUGACCAAUAUGCCGCAGUAUGGGGCCCUGCCGGCUACGAGCUUGGCCUGCAGUUCAAAUACGGAGAGAUGGUCGACCCUUGGGAGGAGAGGGAGGGACACUUGGGUGUCAAGGAACUUGGCCUGGACGUCAACGAGGUCGUUGGUUUCCGAGGAGUUAUGGAGAAGUUGAAGCUUCUGUCUUAG